AGAGAUACUGCAGGGACCGUUGUUGAUAUCAUUCUUGCCAUACAUACCCUUUGUGCCUCUCUUGACCCUGUACCUCUCCUGCCAUAAUGUUCAGCUACAAUCAGUUCCAGAGUCACCUUGACGUGGCUCGUGCACGCUGGGAAAAGGUGCAGACAGACACCCAAGUGGGAAAUGUCACCAUUGAUGGAAACAGCCUGACUAUUGCCGACGUCGUUGCAGUUGCCAAAUCUGGUUGCCGACCUCAUCUCACAAAAGAUCCUGAAAGAAUCGAAAGCAUUAACCGAAGCAUUACUGUCCUGACAGACUGCUUGGCUAAGGGGCAUGCGAUUUAUGGCGUCAACACAGGAUUCGGAGGCAGUGCAGACUCACGGACCACCCAAGUUUACUCGUUGCAGAGGUCCCUAUUGCAAUUCCUUCAGAGUGGCAUCCUGACUGAAGGCGAUAUCGGUGAUGAGGGGUCCGCACUUGAGAGCCAUUCGAUGCCGCCCGAGUGGGUCAAAGCAACUAUGCUGGUCCGUUGCAAUUCCGUUGCCAGAGGACACUCCGCAGUAUCGGUGGCUUCUAUAAAUGCAAUCCUGAGGUUGAUUCGCCAUAGAAUCGUCCCGGUAGUGCCUCUUCGUGGAACCAUUUCGGCUUCUGGGGACCUCAUGCCUCUGGCAUAUAUUGUUGGAGCUGCAGAAGGAAGCCCUGGAAUACACGUUCAGGUUGGCAAAAGACAUGAGCGUCGGAUUGUCACUGCUCAACAAGCCUUAAAAGCACACCAGAUCCCGGGUAUUAGUCUUGGCCCGAAGGAGGCUCUUGGUCUUGUGAAUGGAACUGCAGCAGCCGCUGGCUUAGCUAGUCUUGCCAUGUAUGAGGCCCAUCAGCUUGCCAUCCUGUCUCAGGUUGUGACUGCCCUUACCGUGGAGGCUCUCUCUGGCUCAAAGGACAGUUUUCAUCCGUUCAUCAACUUGACCCGUCCCCACGAAGGCCAGAUGGAGGCUGCUACAAAUAUUCUUGCCGUGCUUCAGGGCUCUCAUCUUGCGAAGGGAGGUGACGCAUGGCAGUCGAAAACCUCAGGUCUCGUUCAGGAUCGUUAUUCGAUCAGAACAUCAGCUCAAUGGAUUGGCCCUCAGCUCGAAGACCUUGCACUCGCCGAUCGUCAAAUCGAUAUUGAACUCAACUCAACCACUGACAAUCCAUUGAUUGACAACUCAGCUUCAAAAUUCUAUUGCGGCGGUAACUUUCAAGCUACAACCGUGACAUCGGCUAUGGAGAAGACUCGUUUGGCACUGCAGAUGUUGGGUAAGCUGCUCUUUACACAGUGCACCGAGUUGAUAGACCCCGGACUUAGCAAUGGUCUGCCGACGAACCUGGCUGCCGACGAACCCAGCUUGUCCUUCACAAUGAAGGGUGUUGACAUCAACAUGGCUGCAUAUAUGUCUGAGUUGGCCUACCUUGCGAACCCGGUCAGCUCACAUGUCCAAACAGCCGAAAUGCACAACCAAGCCAUCAAUUCCCUGGCCUUUGUGACCGCACGAUACACCAUGAAAGCAGUUGAUCUCGUAUCCAUGAUAGGCGCGUGUUCUUUGUAUGUGGUCUGCCAGGCCCUUGACCUGCGCGUUAUCCAGUUGAGGUUUUACGACAAAAUCGAUUCUGUUAUCCACCAAGCUAUGACCUUUGCUUUCAAUAACUUCCUCAGCGCAGACGAGAUCGAAGAAUUGGUGGAAAAGGUUACCAGUGCCAUUAAAUCUGCUUGGCCGCUGACCUCCCGCCUAGACAUCGAGCAGCGCAACAGCUAUGUAGUCGAUCGCUCCUUAUCCAUCGUGGUGAGAGAGGUAGCAAAAGUCAACUCAGCUCGUUGCCCAAAGGUGAAUUAUCUCGCCAAGAUCGACCAGUGGAGAGAACUGGCUGUCCACAAUCUCACCCUUGCGUAUAAACGAGGGGUCGAAGAGUUCUGCGAUCAGCCGAUUACCCCUGACUACCUGGGCCUUGGAUCCAAGCUUGUUUAUGUGUAUAUCCGGCGUCAACUGGGUAUCCCAUUCCAUCAAGGCUUUGCCGAGCAUCUGUCGCCACAGCAGAGCGAGGCCAACACCAUCGGCGGCAGAGAGAAGAAAUCAAUCGGUGCCUGGAUUUCCAUCAUCUAUGAGGCGUUGCGCGAAGAUAAGAUGACUGGUAUUCUUCUUGGAGCACUGCUGGCUCGCGUGGAGGAUUGAUUAGGCGUCGCUCGCUUCAAGUUGACAUGGGGCUUAUUUUGUUGAUUGCAAUCUCACCUGCGGUGAUUGUUAUUGAU